AUGUUGUAUCAUGCAGGACGUUCGAUAAUAUCUUCUGUGCACAAACGACCAUACUCUCUAUUUCUUCGGAAUGCCUCUGCCGCAGAACUUGUCGCAACCGUCAAGCCUCAAAAGCCUUUACUUGAUGAAACCGGUGGCUCGCCAAAGACAGUAGAUUAUUUUCCUAAACUUGGAGGACUACCGGAGGUGAUUGUUACAGGACGCGCCAAUUCAGGGAAAUCCACGCUUUUCAAUGCUGUAUUGGGACGAAAGAAUUUAAUCGAAACGAGCAAGAAAGCUGGCCAUACUAGAAGCCUCGAUUUCUUCCGUGUUGGUAAUCCAGGAAAGCUCCUCCUUGUAGACGCACCGGGAUAUGGUCAGAGAGGGAGACCAGAAUGGGGUGCUCUGUUUGACGACUAUGUCAAAACACGACGACAGCUCAAACGGAUAUUGAUCACCUUCAACGUUAAGAAUGGGAUCAACUCAUUUGACGCACAAAUGAUCCAGAUGCUCUGCCGGAACGUUGUGGAUGAUUUCACUGCACGUUUGACGUCGGAUCCUCUGGGGCCAUCCCAAAGCCCUACUCCUCGACGCUCCUCCGUACAAAUUCAACCCAUCCUCACCAAAGCAGAUUGUUUACCUACAAACCAUGCCGAAGCACAGAAGGUCAUUGACGAAAUAAAAUUUGACAUACGACAAGCGGUGGAUCAAGGGAUUCGAGGCGCGCUUGGGGGAGGGGAGAUUACGGUGGUUGGAGAAAUAUCGAGACUGAUGUGUUUGACCCCAAUCCUGACGAGUUCGAUAAUGAGCCCCUCGUUUGGGAUAGAUGGGGUGAGGAGGAGUAUUCUAGAAGGAUGUGGAUUGAACGGUACUUGA